GCAGCGGCCAGGUAAGCUGACGAGCCGACACUAGUGGGGCUGACUUGCGCGUCUUCGAGCCGUCGAGAUACACGACGAGCAGCCACAGCGGCAUUGUUGUUGUAUUAUUUCGUCGUGCUACGCGUGUUACGGUCGCGUCCGUCGCAUUGUCGUCGUCGCUACGUUGUUGUGUGCCAUCGUUAUCGGAGCAAUCUGGAUGCAUCUUUAUCGCCGGCUGUAUUUCGCGAUCUCUCGCCAGUCUCUCCUGUCGUCCCUUUCUCCCUCGCGCGAAGAAGGGCGCGAUCGCUUCAUCGGAGGGUUGAUCGCGCAUCGCGCUGAGAAGAGCGCCUCCUUCCCACGCGUUUUCCAGAAUAUCGCGAGCUACGCUUUGCACGCGUAAACGCGCCACCUCCGUCAACGUGCACGCUGCUUACGAAGCCGACUAUUCCUCGUGACGAUAAAACGCUGGCGCACUUCCAAGGCCGCGAAGCGAUUUUGACGUACUGGCCACGUUGUCGUCGACUAUCGCUAAUCUCGAGAACACGCUCUCGCACGUUGCCGUCACUCAUUCCCAAUCACCGUUCAGUCACCGGGGUGGAAUCGCGGUGAUAAUGAAUGAGAGAUUUCGCGCGAAUCGCGCAUUCAACCGGAUUCGCUUGGAUAUAUAGGAUUGUGUCUCGCAAGACGUGUCGCGCGCAUACGUGUAACUAUCAUUCAUGCGAUUCGCUGGCUAAUAGCAUCCGGUGCCUGUGUGUAAUAUAAGCAGUGCCGCAGACGCAAUAAGUGACGCGACGGUGAACGCCUAGCUUUGGAGAGCCGCUCGGAAUUGAUUCAUUACUCCUGAUAUCAAGCCAAAUCGACGUAGUGUGUAUAACAACUCCUGUGUGUAAACAAUCAAGUGUUGUCGAUCGGAGGGAUCGCAGUGUGUGAUUCGAGCCACGAGGAGACAAAGUGACAAAGAGGGACAGCGGCGUCGUUAGAUGCGAGGAUUUUAAAAGCAGCUUCCGGAGGCCAGCCCGACGCAAUGCGUCGACGCUGCUGACGCAAUCGCGCCUGGAUGCGUCUCACUCUUAGCACGUUACCACAGCUUGCCGUUUUAGCGAAGAUUUUGUGCCUCCUGAUGGUGGUGAUGUGCGGGGCGGUGCCGGCGAUGGUGCGCUCCGUGAGUCUCUACUCGACUUGCAGCAGCGGCAAUGUUACCGUAAUAGGCCGCUCGAUCAAAGCCAUGGGCCGCGACGAUCACAAUGCACCCUACCAGAAACUCACCACACAAUCGGAAGAUUUCAGUAGGAAGCUGUACAUCUUUGCGGAGAAGAGCCAACGAUACAUUUGCUUCAAUAAGCGGUGGAAACUUGUCGGCCUGCCUAAGAAGCAAAAGGGAGCGAUGUGUCAGUUUUACGAAGUAUACAACGGCUCGUAUCUGAGGUACAGGAGCGUGAUCGAUGGUUCGCGGUAUGUCGGCUUCAACAAGUUCGGUAAGCCGAUGAAAAAUCCCCACGGUAGACAGGAGUGCUUCAACUUCAUCAAGUACAACCCCCAUGCCGACAUAAACCACCACAACAGCCUAGUGAACGCGGAGAUGGGCGGUAUGGAGCCGCGAGAGCCGUUCGUCGUCUCGAGGAAGCCAUCGCCGGUGAUGAGGGCCACGAAGAAUUCCCUGUUGCAGGCCGAUAGUGCGAGGGAGCACGUGCAGCAUACGUCCACGCAUCGCCAUCGGCAUUCGAAUCGCUGGAAGAUGCGGCAGGACGGGACGGACUCGGGGCCUCGGAGACGGCACGAGAGUCGCCUUCUCGUCGAGGCCAGCAAGUAUUGAGCCGCGUGCGAGCUCGCCGAUCAAGACUGCCUCCUCCAUUACCCCGUGAGAACCUGAGAUCAGACUGCCAAAUACGCUGGUGGACCGCUCGUGGUCGGGAUGUCAGGAGCCCACUUAACGGCGCCUCGUGAGUCGCGACUCGAAGCACCACGUAUUCGUUCGAAUUCGGUCGGCGAAUCGAGGGCGUGGACGCGGCUCGCAAACACACACACACACACACACACACACACACACACACACACACGCCUUAUAGCUGCGCCCGUUCAGUUUCCGUUACCGCCCGGGAACGUUUCCGCGGCGGGAACGGGUGUCGUCGUCGAGAUAGCGUCCGCUAAGAUCUCGGGAGAGACGCGAGACGACGUGGAGACCCGCCCGACGAAGCUAUCUCAAUUUCACGCGGUUAAGUUCGAUUUACACUUGCCCCGACUGACCCCUUCAGGCAAGUAUGUACCUCGUAACAAUAAGAGCGUUUUUUUUUUUUUUCUAAUCAUUGAUUCCUCGUGAGUUUAGUUUGCGCGAUGAAUCGUUCGUUAUCUCUCUGUUCUUAUCUCUUUUUUACACUCACACUCACUUUCUCUUUCUUUCUCGCUCUAUCUAUUUAUCUAUCUAGUUAUCUAAUUUCUCCUUCUUUUUUUUCUUAAUCUUAUGACAAAGCGUGGCCAAUUAGUAAUAUUUUUUUUUCUCACUCGAUGCUGCGCGUCGCGAUAAAAUGUGCGAUACCAGUCAUGUAAAUUCGUUUGAGCUAUUAUUACCCAAUCGAUCGUUUAAUGCGAAUGGAAGGAAUUCACGUCGUAUAGAAACGCAACCGAACGGCUGCUGUGCUUCGAGCGCGGUCACUGGCCCGCGAUGGUAGCGCAAAAAGACGCGCGGACGACGCACGCCGAUGGACAUGUCUUCUCGACUUGCCCGACAAAGGUAAUCCGUCUUUCGGAUAUCGUGAAAUAUUAAACUAAUACACACACACAUAUAUUUUUUUUUCAAAAUAUUAAUAUAAUUCUCGCGAAUUUGAUUCGCUCAAAUAUGUGAUAUUGAUAUAAAAAAUUUGAUAUUCACGGAUGAAAUUUAACAUUUCAAUAUAUUGAACGUUGUAUCGAGAAAGCGGAAAAGAAAUAGAGACUUUUGUUUAUAUUACAUCGAUGCAUCAAUUCGACUUAAUUCGACUCUUUUUCCGUAACUGAAAUUCAUAUGUCGAUGUGCGUAAAAGGAUCACGAUCUCCGGUUCAUUCUUUCGCGAAUUAAAACGGGAAACGUUGUCGGCGCUGGUCCAGCGAAGAAAUAUUUGUCACGUUGCGGACGCUCGUACGUCGUCGUUCUUACGCCCUCCUGCGCAGUUAGAGCUCACGCCGCGCAAGACUCUCUCGCUCGCUGUGCUAAUUACGCCGCCUAACGUAGCGUGCGUGCGUGCCUGCCCGCGUGUAUGAAUAAUGUGUGCGUGCCUGCCUGCGUGUUCGCGACGCAGGCCUUACCGCCGCCGACGCACAAACUCGUGUGGCACGAUCGAUUACGAACGUGCCGAGUAUAUGACGACCGACGACAGUUCUCCGAGUUUUUCUUUAAUAAUCCAAGUUUAUUUUUUUUUUUUCCCUCUUACUUGGGUCGUCGAUAUUUCAGUCAGGCGACGAUCAGUUUUAUAUCGGGAUUCAAUCAAUAUCUUUCAAGAUCAAUAACGAUGUCAUUGCGUAACUUUUUGAAAUAGAAGGAACACAAUGUUUCAGAUGCGGGACAUUUGAAGGCUUAACAAGAUUCAUGUUUUCAAAAAAUUACUUUUAUAUUUAUAUAAGAGCUCUCUAUACUAAUAUAUUACAGCAGAAAGCUGUAUGCGUAAUUUUUGAGAAUUCAUAUGAGAUACGCAAUGAAAAGAUAAAAGAGUAUAUUUCUAUAAAAUGACAUCGAUUCAACUAUCGACAUAUAUUUCCUAAAUAAUUUCACGUGAAACCUAUCUCGAAACACUUUUCCUUUCGAGCAUUCGGACAACGGCGAUCGGUUGGAAAUUGCAUGUUUGUGCGCGAGCAUAUAUUAUAUUUGUGUGCAUUUUGCGUGCAUACGUAUUUCGCCUCCGGAACGCGUGUGAAUGCGUGUAAUAUAUUAAUGCAUUACCGUUAAUGAGAACUUAAUAUUUAGAAUGCUAUCGCAGACUGUAUUAUUAGGCUAGGUACAUGAAUAUAUGACGCGGUGGCGACUCGACGAAGGGAACCAGGGAUGCUGAGUUCUUUGCGCGAGAACGUCUUGUGUGAUCUUAUUUUUCGCUUCUAUUUUCCGACUGGACGCCUCGCGCGUUGCGCCGUUUCGUCUUUUACAGACACAAGAGAAGCACCCUGGAGUGAUCCAUUUUCGCAGAUUCGCCACAUAAGGAGCGCCUGUUUCCUCUCCCCUUCGAAAAACAAAAGAGAUCACUCCCUAUAGGUAGCUUAUUUAUUGAAAUCAUGUUUAGGUAUUACGAAAGCCGAAACGCCCGAGAGACUCUUCGUUGUCCUUGUACGUAUAUAUACAUAUAUAUAUAUAUAUACGUAUAUAUAUAUGUAUGUAUGUAUGUAUGUAUGUAUGUAUGUAUGCAUGUAUGUAUGUAUAUGAAAAUAUGCGCUGCUCUCUUUUUAUCGUUUUCACCGUUUUCCCGUUUCUUUCCAUUCUCCUCUUUUCUCUUAGUCACAUUCCUUAAUUACCAUUUCGCGCAAUAUUAUGAAUUGUUCAAUUGUCACAAUUAUAAAUUGUUUGACACGAUAUCACUAAUUAUUUACUCGAGAGUAUUUCAUCGAUCUUAUUUAUACUUCUUUCUCGGAAAGAUAUUUUUGUAUUGCAAAUUCUCUCCAUAUGUAAAAAAAAUAAACAAUAAUUGUACAUUUAUACCUUCCAAUAAGUUCUAAUAAGGAAUAAUAUUUCAAUUAUAGAUAUAUUUUAAUUAAUUUUUUUUUGGAUAACUAAAUUUAUUUAAUGACAACAUAUUUUCUUUUCUCUGCGUUCCUUUACUCGUUUUGAUUAUUAAAACAUGUUUUUUUUACAAAGUCUGAAAAAUACUCAAUAUCUGAUUAAUUUAAUUGCAUAUGAGUGGCAGUGCAUAGAAAAGCUUAUUCCUACGGAUGUUUGUAUGCGUGUUAAAAAAAAAGUAGGGAGCAAUAUGCACGUAGUAACGCCACGUUUCGUACAACGAAUCAAAGAUUUAUUUUUGCAACGUAUUUCUUAAUAAAUUAGGUAUUUAUUUCUUUUGAGGACAACAAUUUUCACAUUUUGACAAUUCAUGGUUGUCUUUUUUUUUAUCACCCGACUGUUUUUAAUUGUAUUUAAAAGUCUUAUACCUUUCGGGCUGAUUCGUUAUCGGCACGUGGCGAGUGCAAGUUAAGCACGAUAAGAUGUCGCGUGUAAACAGAAAUUAAAUGCCAGCAGCUGACCAUGAGAAAGGCAUAAAAUCCGACGCUUAUAAUUUAAUAACAGAUAACUAAUCUAAAAAACGUAUAUGUAUUGUAUUCUAAUAUGGGUAUUGUAACUCCACCUCUAAAAAUUAACCAACUCGUUUUGUAUGUGUAAGCCUAGCGUCACGUAGCGACGUGCAGAGAAUCACCGCGGCGUUCAUGGCGAUGUGUAAAAAAAAAAAAAUGAUAGAAUAAUUUUUAUGGAGUUUGCGAGUCUCUUUGAAAGCGAGAUAUGUCACUGUCAUUCUUCAUAUAUAUAUAUAUAUAUAUAUAUAUAUAUAUAUAUAUAUAUAAAGAAGACAAAAAAAGUGAUUAUUGACUAGCGUCAUUCUCGCGAUCUCAUCGAACUAUUCGUAAUCGAGUCUCGUUAUUAAUUUUUUGGGAUUGAGAAAAAAAAUUUUAUUCAAAUUCUUCGUUUGACAUUUGCUUGUUUAUAUUACAUUCCUACAUAUUAGCAAAAAUUUUUUUUUGAAUUGUCUUUAAAUUGUGUUAAUACUUUAUGAUUACUGCGAUCGUUUUAUCAUUCACCUGACUCGAUUGCGAGCAGAUCAUCAUCACCUAUCCCAAAUCCCCUCCUUUUUUUUACAUCCUCACCAUUGACGAACCAGAAAACGGUAUGAAACGAACAAAACACAAAAGAUGAAUCUGACUCUACCCCUCCCUAUAGAUAGAUAGUAUACAUAACAAAUAAAAAUAAAAAAAGAAAAAGGUAAAAUAUAAAUAUUAUAUAUAUAUAUAUAAAUAAAAAUAUAUAUAUGAAAGAUGAUGUGUAUUGUAAGAUAUUUAAUACCGACUUGUCUUAGGCACACCCGAUGACGAUCGAUAACAAUGAAACGAUGAUAAUAAUUAUUACGAUGAUUGUUGUAUAACGAACGACGACGAUGAUGAUAUUCUACACUAUAAUUCGCGUUGUAAUAUAGAGGCCCACCCGUUACCCAUUAAAUCGAUGUAUCGAUGUACCCCGGCUGUGCUGUGCUCACGUGCACGUGUCUCGAGGGGAUGACCGAUCGAGAAGGGGAGGAUUUGCAGAUGCUUCGCGCUUUGGACGAUGGCCAAUUAGCCGAACUGAGAUUUUUCUACGAGAAGUAUCGGGAGCCACUUUCGUAACUGGCCGACGUUCAACGAGCGUUGCAUCCAGGGUUGGAGAAAUUAGAUCGAUUUUGAUUGCGCCUUCACGCUGCUCGGCGUUAAUCAUCUUGGCUGUAGCAUGAAAGACACACACAUAUAUACACGUACACAUGUUUUAUUUACGAUGCGCAACAGUCUAUUACGAACGAGCACAGCACGUCCGGCAGCAACUAGCAAUAAUAUAACAUUCCAACUUAAAUCGCAUACGUACUGCGAAUUCUAAUAAUGUGUGCCGCCGUACGAGAGAGAAAAACACUGUCAAAUACACGCUCAUACACUGCUA